UCCAAUGAGAUAAAAAGAAUUUUCAGAAUUUUCUUUUAUCGUUAAUUUAAUUUUUUCAGCAACACAUAUUGUUUCAAAGGGUUGAUUACUUUCUAUUAUAAAUAUGUCUAUUUCGAAAGCUUUAACUUCCAAUGCGGCUAUUAAACGAUGGGCCUACAAUCUUUCUGGUUUCAAUAGAUAUGGAUUACACCAUGAUGAUGUUUUGCAAGAAAAUGAUGAUGUUAAAGAAGCAUUAAGACGAUUGCCAGCACAUAAAGUAGAUGAGAGGUCAUUCAGAAUUAUACGUGCAAUGCAACUCUCUAUACAAAAAAUUGAACUACCAAAAGAACAAUGGACUAAGUUUGAAGAAGAUGAUCGUUAUCUACAACCAUACCUUGAGGAAGUCAUUAAAGAAAGAGAAGAAAAAGAAUUCUGGGAAAAAAAUUACUAUUAGACUACUUACAUGUAAUUUGAUAUAUAAUAAAUCAUAUAGAUAGUCAUUAUUUGUCAACAGUUAUUAUUCAGAGUAAAAUGUUAUGAAUUUGUUUUUUUUCAAUGAAAUACAUGUUUAGCCUUGUGUGAUAAAAUAA